UAAAAGUGUCAACUUCUUGUGAAGCCAGCCAUUGUCGUGAUACAUAGGAAAGCUUUCCUUCCUCUCUACUCCUGAAAUUUUUGAGCGGAAAAAAUAGCUGGGACGAUCAAUAUAAGGAAAUGGGUAGCCACUCUUUUUGUCUGUUUAGUGUUUUCUUGAUCUUUCUUUCGGGUUUUAGUUUUUUUAGAGUUGUGGAUGGGGCUGGUGGUGGUGUAAAUGAAGAGUGUAACAAUGGGUUUCAGAAGGUGAUGCCUUGCCUGACAUAUGCAACAGGAAAAGCGAAUAUACCUACAAAAGAUUGUUGCGAUGAAGUGAAGGAUUUAAAGGACAGUAACCCAAAAUGCUUGUGUUUUAUCAUACAACAGACCAAUAGUGGUAGUGCGCAGAUCAAGAGCUUGGGUAUCCAACAGAACAGGUUGCUUCAGCUACCUUCCGCUUGUCAGCUCCGAAAUGCCAGCGUUAGCUUUUGCCCCAAGCUUCUUGGUCUCUCUCCUAGCUCCCCGGAUGCCGCCAUUUUCACAAAUACUACAACAGCUCCCACUACUACCCCUACCGGAGCAUCAGCAACGGAGCAAUCAGACGCCUCCAUAAUAACCACGCACGGACCUGAUCACCUCUUUGGUCCUUUGGCGAUUGCUAUGGCCAUUUUUAUCUACACUUACUCCACCGAUCAAUCUAUGAUUACGUUCUAAAAUAGGAGAAUGCAUGAAAGGCCAUCAUUUGGGAACGGCGAAAAGUGAAAGCUUUGUUCUGUUCUCUUUACGUUUUAUAUUUUUUCUUCGAACACUUUCCUCGUAUUUCAUUUGUGUUUCAAUGCAUUUUAUUGUAAUCUUAACCUUUGCAUCUUCUAUA